AUGUUGUACGGUGAUCAGCAAGGGAGGUUGGCAGGUGAAGUUGAUGGAAACCUUGCUGAAGAAAAUCCCAGUAAGAAUUCUGAUGAAGACAUCAUGUUAUCACUAAAUUAUAAAGCAGAAGAUGGAGAUAUCAUGCAGUGCUCUUCAGAAGAAAACGUCAAUGUACAUUUAGGACUUCACAGUAUAGAUCUGUUAUGUAAUCCUCCUAAUCACGAGGAACCUUCUCCUGACCGAUCACAGAUUGUUACCACAAGUACAAGUCAGAAAGGGGGUAAAAGGUUCCAGUGUGGUAAAGAGUUUUCAGAAAUCUCAGCUAUUUCUACAUACAGAAGAAUUCACACAACUGAGAAACCAUAUUCAUGUUCAGAAUGUGGGAAGUGCUUUACGGAGAAAUCAAAUCUUCUUAGACAUGUGAGAAGUCACACAGGAGAAAAAACAUAUUCAUGUUCAGAGUGUGGGAAAUGUUUUGCACAAAAGUCAGAUCUUGUUAAACAUAAGAGAAUACACACAGGAGAGAAGCCAUAUUCAUGUUCAAAAUGUGGGAAGCGCUUUACAGAGACGUCAAAUCUUCUUAGACAUGAGAGAAGUCACACAGGAAAAAAAAAGUAUUCUUGUUCAGAAUGUGGAAAAUAUUUUAUGGAUAAACCCAGUCUUCUUAUUCAUGAGAAAAGUCACACAGGAGAGAAACCACAUUCAUCUACACAAUAUGGGAAAAGUUUUACACAAACAUCAGACCUUGUUGCCCAAGAGAGAAUUCACACAGUAGAGAAGCCAUAUUCAUGUUCAGAAUGUGAUAAAUGUUUUAGAGAGAAAUCAAAUCUUUUUAGACAUAAAAAAAGUCACACGGGAGAAAAACCAUAUUCAUGUUUAGAAUGUGGGAAAUGUUUUACACAAAAAUCAUAUCUUGUUAAACAUGAGAGAAGAAUUCACACAGGAGAGAAGCCUUAUUCGUGUUCAGAAUGUGGGAAGUGCUUUACAGAGAAAUCAAAUCUUCUUAGACAUGCGAGAAGUCACACAGGAGAAAAAACAUAUUUAUGUUCAGAGUGUGGGAAAUGUUUUGCACAAAAGUCAGAUCUUGUUAAACAUAAGAGAAUUCACACAGGAGAGAAACCGUAUUCAUGUUCAGAAUGUGGGAAGUGCUUUACAGAGAAAUCAAAUUUUCAUAGACAUGAAAGAAGUCACACAGGAAAAAAACCGUAUUCAUGUUCAGAAUGUGGGAAAUGUUUUGCACAAAAGUCAGAUCUUAUUAAACAUGAGAGAAUUCACACAGGAGAGAAGCCAUAUUCAUGUUCAGAAUGUGGGAAGUGCUUUACAGAGAAAUCAAAUCUUCAUAGACAUGAGAGAAUUCACACAGGAAACAAACCGUAUUCAUGUUCAGAAUGUGAUAAAUCUUUUACACAGAAAUCAAGUCUUGUUAGUCAUGAGAGAAUUCACACAAUGGAAAAGCCAUACUCUUGAUCAGAAUGUAGGAAGUGCUUUACAAAUAAAUCCCAUCUUGUUACACACAAGAAACAUCACACAGCAAAUAAAAACAAAGAAAACAUACUCAUGUUCAGUAUGUGGGAAAUGUUUUAAACAGAAAUCAAAUCUUGUUACACAUGAGAGAAUUCACAUAGGAGAGAAGCCCUAUUCAUGUUCAGAAUGUGGGAAAUUUUUUAUAGAUAAGUCAAAUCUGGUUAGACAUGAGAGAAGUCACACACGAGAGAAGCUAUUUUCGUGCUCAGAAUGUGGGAAAUGCUUUAUAUCCAAAGCAGAACUUAAGGAACAUCAGACUAGUCACACAGGAGAGAAGCCGAUUUGUUGUUUUAUAUGGGAAAAAUGUUUUGUAAGGAAAUAAAAUUCUAUAUCUUAUCAGAUAAAUAGAAACCAUGUUAGGUUUUGUAAUAUGGGAAAUGCUAUAGGAGCAAAAAAAUUAACUCCAGUUAUUCACAGAUAUUAAAGGUAUAUUCAGGUUUCAUGGAAUCGAUCUAUUCUCAGGAUCUUCAGACUGUUGGUGGUCUGACACUUGACUCCCUUGGCAUCCUGAAAAAAGAUCAACAUACAUAGUAAUAUAGCUUGUAAGUCUGAAAAAGACAUAUGUCCAUCCAUUUCAGUCUAUUUUCCUACAAAGUGCAUCCAGUGGAAAGAAAAAAAAAAAAACACGGUAGAAGACAAUUUUUUUUAAUUUUAGGGGAAAAAUUUCCUUCCCAGUCAAUCAGGCAGAAUAACUUCCUUGAUCAACUACCAAUCUCCAGAAUACUAGUUUCUAUAACCUGUGAUAUUAUUUAACUCAAGAAAUACAUCCAGGCCCCUCUUAAACUCUUUUAGUGAGUUCAAGACCCCCUUCCCCCGUGGCAGACAGCUCCAUAGUCUCACUGCUCUUACAGUUAAGAACCAUUUUCUAUGUUGGUG